AUGGAAGACGAAGAAGCUGCUUUAGCGUAUGAUCAAGCUGCACUUACAAUGAGAGGUCCAUUGGCACACAUGAGCAUGGGGAAAAUAUGCAGCAGAAUUGCAAGGUUGAGAAAGCGUUCAAGGCCGAGUCUUUUUACAUUGGUUUUGAUUGAUACAUGUAGCCUUUCAUGUAUAAUCUCACUUGAGGGAGAAGGUGCUGCUGCGGCUGAGGAAACUAAGAAGAGCAACCAUGUUCUCCGAAAAAUUGAGAAGCGCCUGACAGAUCGCAAACUUGAUUCUCACCUUGAAGAACAAUUUAGUUCUGGUAGACUAUAUGCUUGCAUCUCAUCUCGCCCUGGUCAGUGUGGCAGAGGUGAUGGGUAUAUCUUGGAGGGCAAAGAACUUGAGUUCCAAAUAGAGGAGGGAGAAGGUGCUGCUGCGGCUGAGGAAACUAAGAAGAGCAACCAUGUUCUCCGAAAAAUUGAGAAGCGCCUGACAGAUCGCAAACUUGAUUCUCACCUUGAAGAACAAUUUAGUUCUGGUAGACUAUAUGCUUGCAUCUCAUCUCGCCCUGGUCAGUGUGGCAGAGGUGAUGGGUAUAUCUUGGAGGGCAAAGAACUUGAGUUCUAUAUGAAGAAACUACAGAAGAAGAAGGGCAAGGCUGCAGCUGCUUAAUUGGAGCUCUUUGAAUUUUGAGACUAAUUUAUAUGUUUUUUUUCCUUUUUCCUAUUAAACAACUUGGUUUUGUGAGGAUAUUUUUCUAUAUGCAGUAUUCUUUAAUCUUACGAUGAGUUGACAUUGA